UUUGCGAUUUUGUAUAUGACUCAUUCAUGAUUUCACUCGGAUCGCACUCGAUGUUCCUGGUUAUGUUCGGACACGUGUCACUUGCGCGCUUGAAUAAACGUGCGGUUGAACGCGCGCACCACGUAUAGUCGCGAAAGAGAUGUGUUUGGAGCGCGAAAUUAUUUAUACGUCACGCGAAAUCGCUUAAUUCUGCGUGUCGAAUGCAUUAUGUUUGCUUUCAGCGAUUGCACGACACACACGACCGCCACACUCGUAUCCGUGUGUGUGUGCGCGCGCGCGCGCCCAACACGAGGCUCGGGAUGGCCAGUGCUCGCCGCUCAGAACAACCCAGAAUGUCAUUAAUAACGUCUCGCGAUUCCGCACUCGAUGUCAGUGACUUGGGAUGAACGGUGAAAAGACAUCACCAAAGAAAUCAUGCAUAUCACCGACAAUAUCUCAGGAUCAUGGAUUGAAAACUGGACUUCCCAAGACAAAGGCUGUGCGAAAGGUGCAGCUGAAGGAGGAAUUCAACCCAGAACUGGAACCAUUGCUCCAAGAAGAACCAAAUCGCUUUGUAAUCUUCCCUAUACAGUAUCCUGACAUCUGGGAAAUGUACAAGAGAGCCGUCGCCUCCUUUUGGACCAUAGAAGAAGUACCUCUCCAUAAAUUAGAUAAAAAGGAGUGGGAGGAGAAACUGAAUUCUGACGAGAGAUACUUUAUAUCCCACGUGCUGGCGUUCUUCGCCGCUUCCGACGGCAUUGUCAACGAGAAUCUAAUCGAGAGAUUCUGUCAAGAAGUGAAAAUCUCAGAGGCGCGUUGUUUCUAUGGCUUCCAGAUCGCCAUAGAGAAUAUCCAUUCGGAAAUGUAUUCUUUGCUCAUCGAGACCUACAUCUCCGAUCCAAAGCAGAAAGAUUUCCUGUUCAACGCGAUCGAGACCUUACCCUGCGUCGCGAAGAAAGCCAAUUGGGCGCUGAACUGGAUCAAUCACGAGAGCGCGACGUUUCCGGAACGCGUGAUCGCGUUCGCUGCAGUCGAGGGUAUCUUCUUCAGCGGCAGCUUUGCUGCUAUCUUCUGGCUGAAGAAGCGAGGAGUGAUGCCGGGUCUCACAUUCAGCAACGAGCUCAUCUCGCGAGACGAAGGAUUGCAUUGUGAUUUUGCGUGUUUGAUGUUCAAACACAUCAUACAAAAACCUUCAUUCGAGCGCGUCAAGGCAAUUAUUAUGGAUGCCGUAGAGAUUGAGAAAGAAUUUUUGACGCAGGCAUUGCCGGUAGAGCUAAUAGGAAUGAAUUGCAUGCUCAUGUGUACUUAUAUCGAAUUCGUCGCAGAUAGAUUGUUCGUUGCCUUAGGAUUCGAAAAGGUUUACAACUCGGAGAAUCCGUUCUCGUUCAUGGACUUCAUUUCCUUGGAAGGCAAGACUAACUUCUUCGAGAAGAAAGUGGGUGAAUACAAGAAGUUCGGAGUGAUGGAGGAGAAUUCUCAGAAGAAAAACAGCACGUCGGGCGUGGUGUUUAGCGCAAACUUUUAGCGCGGUAAUGUAUAAAUGUAUAAAUGAAAGUUUGUUUUAGCAACAUUUCCUCGCACUUUCCCUGCACUUUGAGUGUAGCAUUUUGCGAAGAAAGAUGAAAAAUCAGCUAAAAGGGACAAAUAUGUAAAAAAAAUGUGUACUUUGACUUAUAUUCUCUUUGAUCGCUAAAAGCGUCUCUGUAGAAAUGGCUUGUAAGCCUUCUGAUUGGCUAUGAGCUACUUUUAGAGACGUUUUUAACGAUAAAAGAGAGUUUAAAAUGUUUUUAGGUAUAAAAUAAGUGUUGUAGGAUAAAUUCGCACACUUCCUAACGAAUAAGCGAAAAGGAAAAAUUCACAUCAAAUUUCGCAUAAAUUUCACAUAAUUUGUACAAUUUCUAUUAUAACAUCGACAGCUUUUCAUGAAAGUGUUCGAUGAAGGUGCGAGAGAAAUGUAUAAAAUGUUUAUAUAAGGCGCAUAUGACGGUUUAGUUUUGCAUGAAAAGCAAACUACGCUUUGCCGGAGACCUGAAUGUAUAGUUUUGAGCGAAUUGUAAUUUUAAGACACUAACUGCGAUAUUUAAUACGUGUAGCACAGUUACACAUGAAACAUCUUUUUACGAUUUGAUAACAAUGAUGAUUCAUUUUACGAUGUGAAUACACGCAACGUUUAUAGCAAUGUCGCAUAAUAAUUUGUCGCAUAAUAAUUUGUUCAUCGAAUUUCUCAUGAACGUGAAAUCGAGAUACGCUGAAGAUUGUCGUCACAUUGAUUGUUACAAAGUGCUACUUCAUCGAAUAUGAUAUACUAAAAGAACGAAAAACCAAGAAAAAUGUAUAUAAAUCUAUUAAAAUUGUUACACAGUCUCGAAAUUUUCUCGAUAAAAUUAGUACAUAGUAUCGAUGAAAUUUUCAGUAUUCGUAUUAGUUAAGUUCUUUCAUUUGUACGUAAGCAUUAACGCUAAAAAAAUACUUAUUGCGAAGACAUGUAAAUGUAAUUAUAAAGAGACAUUGUAAAGAGACAUUAUAAAGAGACAAUUGCUGAGAGAAAAAGUAAUUAUAUUCAGCGUCAAUGAUAAAAUAAAAAGAAUUGAAAAGCACA